AUCCGAACUUGAAGAACGGCAUCGGUACUGAACUUUUUUUAACUUUUUAGUUUUUUAUUUUUUUAUUUUGAAGGAGAGUUAAAGCUUGGAUUCGCAGAGGUUUUGACAUUAUGUGAUUUUUUUUCAUGUUUUUAUGUUGCUUUCUUUUUUUCUAUUUUCCUUUGCGCGCUCGACUAUCGAGGUGAGCAGUGUUUUCUUUGCCCUUUGAUGGGGUAUUGAAACUUUACUGAAAAGAGCUCUUUCUGCGAGGAAAGUGGGGUGGGAUCUGCUCCGUGAUUAAUGAGGCGUUAUGUUUUCCGAUAAAGACGCAAUUUUCAGGUCGCUUUCUGUUGUUUGCAGCGAAAUCUUGAGAGUUAGCGGUUUGGGGUUUUGAAGGGUUUUGGCUCGAGAGGUUAAUUUGAGAUGAUGGGCGUUUCAGGCUCGCGGAUUCGUUUGUUCAUGGAUUGAUGCAACAAUUUUUUCUUGGAUGUAUUGAUUCUGAUUCCAGAUGGUUGUGGAGUGAUGAUGUAAGAGGAAGAGGAGGAAGAAAUGGGAAAGAGAGGCAAGAAGUUUCUCGGCGCAAUUAAGAGGAUCUUCAGUCCCGAAUCCAAGGAAAAGAAAGGCGAGAAAUCAAAUAAAUUGGGUUUGGGGAAAUCAAAGCAUUCUAAUCCAUACUUCUCUGAGAAAUCCCCCCAAAAUACUGCUCCAGUUGUGGUUUCGCCAUCUCCUCAGCCAGUACAUCCACUGCCGCAGUCAGAAGAGAUCAAAUUGGCAGAAACAGAGCAAAAACAGAGAAAACAUGUGUACUCUGUUACAACAGCAAGUGUGGCUGCAGUUGCUGCAACUCAGGCAGACGCCGAGGUUGUUCGUUUCAGCAGCUCUGCAAAUUUUAAUGGAAAUUCAAGAGAAGUUGCUGUUAUCAAGAUCCAAACUGUUUUUCGUGGAUAUCUGGCAAGGAGAGCUUUGCGGGCUUUGAAAGGGUUGGUUAGAUUAAAGUCACUCAUUCGUGGAAAUGCUGUCAAGCGUCAAGCGGCUACGACAUUACGUUGCAUGCAAACACUGGCCCGAGUCCAAUCACAGAUUCGGUCAAGGAGGAUCAGGAUGUUAGAGGAGAAUCAAUCUCUUCAGCAGAAGCUUCUGUUAAAACGUGAAAAAGAACUUGAGAGUAUACUGCAGAUGAGCGAAGAAUGGGUUGACAGCAUGCAGUCCAAAGAACAAAUUGAAGCAAGUCUUUUAAGCAAGCAAGAGGCUCUUGUGAGAAGAGAAAGAGCACUGGCUUAUGCAUUUAGUCAUCAGUGGAAGAACCCUUCAAGGUCAGUGAACCCAACGUUCAUGGAUACCAACAACCCACAAUGGGGCUGGAGCUGGCUUGAGCGUUGGAUGGCAGCGCGACCAUGGGAGAACCGGAGCACCACAACAGACAAAGAGCUGAACAGCGGCCGUGCCUCUAUGAAGAGCUUCAAUGGAGGAGAGAUCAAUAAAGCAUAUUCUUGUCGAGACGGCAUUCUUGACCGAGCGAUGCCAAACACACCGCAGCGAUCAACACGCCCUCCUAGCCGACAGUCACCAGCAACACCCCCCUCCAAAGUCAUAUCAGAGGCCAGCAAGAUCAAAUCUGCAAGUCCUAGAAAUUGCUGGCAUCCAUCAGAUGAUACAAAAAGCAUGAUUAGCUUACAGUCAGAGAGACCAAGGAGACAUAGCCUAGCUGGAUCAUCUCUUAGAGAUGAUGAGAGUUCAACAAAUUCAGUGCCACUACCGAGCUACAUGGCUCCAACCGAGUCAGCCAGGGCAAAGAACAGGUUCCAUGGCUUACUGGGUGAUAUUAUGAUUGAGAGUACUACUGGUAAAGAUUCAGCAAACUCAGUGAAAAAGAGACUAUCUUUCCCUCCCUCACCUGCUGCAGUAAAGCGGCACUCAGCCCCCACCAGAGUGCCUGCUUCAGUUGCUGUGAAAUCAGAACGUAAUGGCAGCAAUAUGGAGAGCAGGUAAUAACUUUAAUUCUAGGUGUCAAUAUAUAUAUAUAUAUAAGAGUUGAGUGCAUUGUAGCAGCUUUGUUCAUAGAGAUUCAGAGAUUGGUUUGUUGAUAUGUUGCAAUUUCUAGCUUUGUUUGCAACAAUGACCGACUAAUUUGUUGCUGAUGGUGUUGAGAGAAUUUGAGUGUGUUUUAACGACAAGAUAUUGAUCUUUUGGCUUUAGUGGAACUAUCUGCGACUAAAUCCUUUAUUGAA